AUGGUGAGAUACUUAGUACAAGAUGACAUAGAAUGUGGAAGACGAUGUGUGAGUUAUGAGAGAUGUAUGUCAUACAACUACGAGCAUAAAGUCAAUCACACUAACAGACGCACUUGUGAACUCAACUCACAAACCACAGAAAGCAAGCCACAGGCCUUCAAAGAGAAAGAUGGCUUCCAGUUCUAUGGAUCGUUACAUGAACGAAAGGUACAAGUGUUGGAUGUGAAAGGUACAAGUGCUAUAACAACGGAAGAUGCGUGGGCACAUGCCAUGGUGACAUGUUUUAUUGCCAGUGUACUCAGUUAUAUCGCGGUAAACAAUGUGAACGAGCCAAAGCUUCUCGUAUUUACCAAGACAUUAAUAGUGAAAAACCUGUCCAGGGACUCUGCGCCAGGUUUUGUUUUGAACUCCACAGCUCGCAACUGCAAAGAAUUAAUUGAUUUCGGCCAAACUAGAUCCGGAGGCAACCAUGUGGCCCCCGAUGAUAAAGAUAAUGGAUUCUCAGUGUACUGUGACCAAACAACUGAUGGUGGAGGGUGGCUUGUAUUUCAGAAACGUACCAGUCCGUUCACGACACUUUUUUCAAAGUAUUGGAGGGAAUACGAGGAAGGCUUCGGUCAUUCAAUAAACACAUUCUGGCUUGGGAAUCAAUAUCUGUCACGGCUCACAAAAACUCCGGUGCAACUGCGAAUAGAACUCGUAGAUCGAGACGGCUAUAAGGGUUAUGCUGUUUAUAACAACUUCUCUAUAUCAGGUCCGGAAGACAAUUACCGUCUUAACGUCGGGGCGUAUGUAGGGGGAAACAUCGGUAAUGCGCUUCAUGGUGACAGCGACAAGGCGUUUGUGGAGGACGGCAUGCAGUUUACAACUGUUGACCGAGACAAUGAUAGAAAUGACCUGGGAAACUGUGCUGUCGUGAACGGACCAUCAGGCUGGUGGUUAAAUAACUGUGGUCGGGCAAAUUUGAAUCAGGCUUACAUUCCUCAGUGGGAUGGAUGGCUUUAUUCCUCGUCAAUCAUCUCCUCAGAAAUGAAAAUCCGGUGAUGAAACGUGCAUGU